AAACACGUUGACGUCCAUUUAAAUUGCCGCCAUUGGUUCGGCCGUCAGAGGGCCAGAAAUUGGCGCUGUCACAGAACUGUCAGUUUGCAAUGUUUUAGGGUCGGAGGGCUAGCAAUAAAUAGAGACCUCGUGUUUUAGUGAUCGGUUUGUAAGGGAUUCGGGGGGGCCGAGUGAUUAGGAGGGCCCCGAAACAUGUGCUCUCUUGAUUAGUAUCCGAAGUGCGCGGUGCCCCCCCUUCUCUUUCCUCGCUGUCCCUCGCGUUAGGCCACCCUCAGGAAGAAGAAAAGUCCCUGUUUUCGAAAAGUGGAUUUUCUUUUCCUGCUUCUAGGGAAAAGGAAAAUGGCACCUUCGCCUGAAAAUGACAGCACACCGAAAGCACCUGACAAAAGUGGUGGUAGCGGCAGCGAACCAAAAUUAAUGAAAGCAGAGACGUUAUCAGUACCGAAGACCUCUUCAUCGACAUCUUCAAGAAACAAAAGACGCGGUGAAACUACAAAAGUCGUUGCCAAAACUGAUUCUGUGACUACAUUGGAUGAUCGGCAGUUGAAAUCACUCUUGGAAGAGGCUAUAAAUUAUAAGACUCCCCGAGAUAGGGUGGGUAAAAGUGAACUUUUUCAGAUACUAUUAUCGGAUGCGGAAGACGAACUAAGAAAGUCAACUGCUCAAAGUGCCUCGGGUUCAGAGAAUGCUAGAUAUUAUAGCACUACAGCAAACCAGAGGAAUCAAAGGAAUAAAAAAAACAAGUCGAAUUCGAUCUCGGAGAACUGCACGGCAGGCGGUAGUUUGAAUAAUCUUGCUAAGGAAGAACUCUAUCAGAAAAACCUGCAAAAGUAUAAGAAGACUGUAUCAGCUCGGCAGAAGGAGGGCGGUUCGCUUCCAUCGAACGUAAACGCUGGCGCGCGAACCUGCGAUAAACAGUUCUUGGAAGAAUUGCAAACGAGGAAGUCUACAAGAAAGAUUCAAGAAGAAUACACCAUUAUCGACAUGGAAUCGACUUGUUUGUUGGAAAAUGACUCGCUUGGACAGGACUACGAUAGCUGUGCUCCCGCGGAAGUACCAGACGCCGCUCCCCAAUCGAAGUCACGUCGAAGAGUUGAAAUUUACACCAGUAGAGCCUCCUUGCAGAUUAAUAAUGUCGAUGAAGCAGUCAGUUUCCCCGCUAUCGAGAAAAAGGGCAUGGUACCAGCCAACGCCGAGGAAAGCUUCAAAGUUCUUCAGCAAGAUAAGGGACAGCCUUAUACUCUAGUGCCAAUAAAUUCUAAAUGGUCCCAAAAAAAUGAGGAAAAAAAGGUCGAUGAAAACGGAAACGCUCUAAACCAACAAACAUCUGCACUUUCUGCUACAGAUGGCGUAAAGAAGCGAAGUAAAAAGGUUGGCAAGAAAGCAGAGGACAUCCGAAAAGCUGAAGAGGUCGAAGGUCAUCGAGGUGAUAUUAUACACAACAUCGAUAUGUUAGUGGAGUACAUCUCUGGUACCGAUGAAAAAUCAAAAUGUGCUAGUACUAAUGUAAUGAAAAGCAAGAUCAAUAAAAGCGGUGUUCAACAGCAGCAGAGCAGCAAGCCUCAGCGAAAUACUAGAACCGGAAAGGUUUCUACAGUCAAAGAAGUUCCAACCAUUAAGAAGAGUACUUCAAUGGAGGAAAUUUCUAUUACCAAACUUGAUGACUUUACGAGUAAGGAAGUUUCAGCAACUACUGAAAGCAAGAUUCCAUUGAGACCUACCAAAAGCAAUGCUGAGAAACCACGAGAUAGGAAGUCGUGGGGCACCAGUUUAGAGUUAUAUCAGAAUACAUCGGUGGAAAAUUUGGAAAGUGCCGAUUUUACCUUCGUCACGAGUAAGAAGAAGAAAGGCAAGAAGCAACGACGGAAUUCACUUGGGAGCAGGAAACAGGUCCUGGGGGAAGGGCGCUCGGAGUUCCAUAGGGGUGCACCGGGCGUCAGCCCACACCGCAAAGCGGCGUGCUCCGUGCCACACAGCGAGAAGUCAAAUGACGAUUCAUCAUCGGACGUCGAUUCUGUUCAUUCGCUGCCUGUCGAUGGGGAGGAGCUUCCCUUAAAUAUGCCAGUAUCAUACGCUGAUAUAGCAAAGUGCGCCGAAAGGAGCGGAACUAAAAUGUGUAAUAGUAACAAUAAAACGAAAGUGGAAGUGGACAAGAAACCGGAGGCGGCAGCAGUGUGUGUCGCGGCAGAAGCAGUCUGCAAUUCAGUGCCGCCAGUUAAAGAAGUGGUAGUGAUUUCGGAUGAUUUCCCUUCGUUGCAGAAUUGGCCAGAGAUCCGUGCGAAUAAAUUGGUUACACCAGUACCGCCAGUUGUCGCUAAUUGUUGGCCAAUAAAUAAUAACAGCGGUAUGCACAGUAACAAUAGUAAAGUAAAUGCAGUCAGCAUUAUGGACAAUGGAAAUAUGAAUAAUAAGAUAAAUAAAAGUGUAAAUAAACCACCGCCAAAGAAGAAGACCGAGGAUCAGCAAACGAGUCCAACGUCAUUGCAACAUCCACAUACUCAACACCAUCAACAACCACAGAUUCCUCAACAGCAGCAUCAUAAUCACCCACCUCAUCAUCAUCUGCAACACCAUCUUCACCAAAAACAGCAUCACCAGCAGCAACAACAACAACAUAAUGCUAUUUUCUUAUCUAAUAAGAUGAUCACUAUGAAGAUGAUUGAUAUGCCUUUGGAUAUUCCUGACGUGCAAUCGAUCGAGAAAAUGCAAUUGAAAAAUCUGCAACAGAAGAAAUCCUGCGAUGAAGCUGCAGCUGCUUCCGUCGAGCCUAUGGAAAAGAGGCCAGCUGUUGUCAUCCUUAGUGGUGGUGACAAAAAACAAGUGUCUGAUAUUACCUUUGGCUUUGACAUCAACGAGCAACUAUUGACUUCAUCUGGUGAAGCAGACGACGUUUGCUCCGACUUCGUUAGCCGUUUCUACUUACCCGAAAGUACUCCCAAAAUAGGACACGUUGAUAAAUUGGUGCAUUAUAUUGGUUCAGAAUGGGAAGACGUUUUAGUUCAACUAAAUAGUGGUAAAGUAAAAUAUUAUGCUGAGACUUACAGUGAGUUAAUCUAAUUAAUAUAAAUAAUAUAUACACAUAUGUAUGUGUAUAUAUAUAUAUAUAUAUGGAAUCGAAACUGAAAACUAGUCAAACAAAUUAGUGGAGUGUUAAAAUAUAAAGUAAAAUGCUAAUAAAAAAUAAACAAAAAAUGUGCCGUGCUAACAUUAUAUAUAUAUAUAGUAUAUGAAAUAUAAAAAAGUGUAUUAUAAAUAUUAAUGGAUGUACAGAAAACGAACAGCAAUUACUAAGCUACGUAUAAUAUAUAUAUAUAUAUAUAUACAAGAAAAAAACUGAAAAAAUAUUUACAUUUAAAUGACAGAAAGUGUGGUGUUUAAAAUAUAUCUCUUAAUGGAUGGAUACUGAGGAAACGAACUCGGAGAAGAAAGUGUAUCAAGAAUGUGUGUGGAUGUAUUUUUUCAUCGACUAUUCACUUUUUAAACCUUUAUUUAUAAUUUUAAAGUUGUACCUCCCUGUCAGGAUCAACCAAUAAUUAUUAUCUCACUAAUAAUGGAUUUAUUGACAGAUCCACGAAAAUUUCAAAGUUUAAUUUACAUUUAGUCAACGCAAAGUAAAUCGUAAAGUCGUGUGACUAAUUUUUAAAUUAUCUUUCAAAUUUUGACACGUCAUCUGUCAAUAAAUGACUUGUUUAUUAUUUGUAAUUUCUAUCUUUUACUGUUUUCGAUUUGUU